GCAACGGUUCAGUAUACGUCUUCUUCUUACGUUGUCGGACCGCCAGCCUCGCUUAGCCAUGGCGGAGCAGCAGCAGCAGCAGCAGCGCAGCAAGCAAACAAGCAUCCUUCUUACCUUUUGCAUUCUCCAAUUUGUCCGGCAGCUCCGUCGGCGUGUCAAGCCGCGUGUGCGUGAAGGCUCAAUCGACACGCGCAGCCUUGGCAUCACGCUCCCAGGCGUCUCCAGCGCGCCAUCACCGUCGAUCAAGGUCCAGGAUGCGAAGCAGAUGCGGCGAGCAGCCCACGGCGUGUGCAAGAGCCAGUGCCAGCACCACGACAACCCGGCCUUGGUCCGAUCGUCAUGCCACUUGCACACGCCGGCUUCGGCUGCUCCCGCAAGUCGAAACCUGGCUGACGACAAGGUGCAACAGAUGCUGUGCUCAGUCGACGGUAAACUCCAUGCUACGGGAAACGCUUUUUCAACAACUGCAAGUAACAGCGCCCUCUUUCUCAAACACAACAAUGCAUCCAUUGUUGAGGGGCGUUCCAUGAGCGAAACCAUCCAGCUCCUGGCCGCUGUGCACGACGCCGUAAAUGUGCUUUUUGACUGUCGCGAGCAAUACGGCGACGACUGGCUGCUGGCCCAGGGACUCGAUGCGGGCCUGGUGCUGGAUGAAAACUUCAUAGCCAACUACGAGCACCUGCUGCUGCGCCUGCAGACGGACCUUGUCGACGCUUUGUCGCGCAGGGCGCUCGAGGAGCUGCUUCACGGCAGCCACGACAAGAAGCAACGCAAGCUGCUCGGCUGGUUUACUGAAUUCGCCGCCAAGCCACAGGCCCUCAGUACCUCGUUCCCAUGGACCAUCAAGCCUUCGCUGGCCGUCCUGUGGGGGGUCUGCUGGAUGUACUACGACCGUCCGGUGGAUGAGCGGAAAAGAAGCGGCAGCAGAGACCGCGUGCCCCUCGACUCAGUGCUGCAAAAUAUCCAACUCGCGUGGGAUACAGGUGCAUCUUCAGACUACGUCAGCCUCGGGCGCCAGCUGAUUGGCGAGCCCUCGCAACACGAUGCCCAUGCAGCAAACAUGGGUGUGGGCCUUGAGCACGACAUGUUCCAGGCACGAAACACGGAAACCUGGGAGUCCGAUUUGGCUCUCGACGGCCGAACGAGCAGGCUGCCAGCCUUGGUGGUGAGCCAGGCAGGGUCAAGGGCGGAUCCGUUGCCGCUUCCAAACCAAGAUACUUAUUUCGACGUCGCCUCCCCUUAUGGCCAUGUAGUAUCGCCCAUUAAUAAUUUGUAUUCGCCUCACAGUCCAGGCACUGCUGCGCCACUCAAGGUCUUUCCGCACCUUGGCACCCACCAUCACCACAACCCUUGGCUACAAGCGUUGCCACCUCAAGACACUCCACGUCAUCUGAUCACUCCUGCGCACAAUCCGACUACCACAGUCACCGGAACCCCGGAGAGUCAAUUCCUUGCUCCGCCACAAAGGGCAUUCGCGUCCUCUUCUUCUAUAUAUCCACCAAGUUGCCAACCUCAGGCCCCGCCACUGAACUUGCAUCCUUCCUACUUCCCCUACACUGAUCUCUCCUACAUCAUGACGGAUCUAGCCCCCAGCCCUGCGACCGCUCCGGCCCUGCACGAGCACAAGCGGACUGCUUCAACUACUUCGACCACCUCAACCACGUCAGUCUCUGGCGACAUGCCCACUCCAGUCAGCAUGGGCUGCCCACGUUCUCCCAUAACAUCUCCCACUGCUGGAGAAGCACAGCCAGCAGCUCCCAGCCCGCAGCGAUCUCACAACAGAAGUUUAUCCAUAGAUUCGUCUCAAGAUGGUGACGACGACGGAUCGCUACGGAAGAACCACAGCUAUAAGCGCGCCGAGGAGCCGCCGCGCAACCAAGACGGCAAGAUGAUCUGCAAAUACCAAGAAUGCAACGGCGUAUCAUUUGAUCGCAAGUGCGAAUGGAGCAAACACAUGGACAAGCAUGACCGGCCUUACAAGUGCAAUGCCAAAGGAUGCGAAAAGCUCCAAGGAUUCACGUACAGCGGCGGGCUUUUGCGGCAUGAGCGCGAAGUGCACAAGCUGCACGGCGGUACCAAAAAGUGCCUUUUUUGUCCGUUCCCCGACUGCAAACGCAGCUCAGGCGCCGGCUUCACGCGGAAAGAGAAUCUUGCUGAGCACAUCCGCCGCGUACACCGCAGAACAUCAAUGUCAGCAGACUUGCAUGGCUUGGUGAUUCGUCGCGACAUGGUUCGGCGUGAGAUGGAAGGGUCGCCCAUCCCUGAGCCAGGCGAAUCCGAGUCGCCGUACAGCCGGGCCCUGGAGUUUCGUGAGGAGGACGAGAUGAGCCUGAAGCGCAAGCGUGCCGCCUCUGACUCUGGGCCGACUGACCGUGCCAACGACGAGAUGCGCACUGAGAUUAAGCGUCUGCGCCAAGAGAAUGAAGAGAAGGACUCGCGACUGAAGCAGCUGGAGCAGGCCGUCAUGGCGUUGCAGCAGCAGGGCCGCAAGUAAGAGAGGGAGAGAGAGAGAGAGAGAGAGAGGCCAAGGUCUGGAUACUUUGACGCUCUCGGUCUGUUUGCAUUGCAGGCGUCGGAUUAAUUUGGGAGCCUUUUUCUGACUGCAUUUUUCAAGGGCAGUUUUUUGGGGGUUUCUUUGUUUAUACUUUCUUUCGCUACGCUCAUUGUAAAUACUACUGGAGCGAGUUGACCACAUGUAGACGUUUAAGGGUAAUUUGUUAUUGGAGCACUUGUUGGCAUGGCUGGAACAUGGACCACCACGAGAUGACGUUAUAUCAAGACUGCAAUGCUGGGGAAAGGCAAUAGGAAGAAGGGGGGAUGGGAAUGGGAAACCGCUCGCUCAGAUUAUUUAGGGAUGACUAUACCACAUGUAGUUUGAAAGUAAAAUGAUGUUGUCGGCUA